AUGAAGGAAGAAGAGGCCGGCAAGCCGGGCAACCUGGGUUCUCCCUACAUUGAAGAGCAGGAACACGAGGAGGGACAACAGGAACAGGAACAAGAAGGUUUGGAUCCUCUGGACCUUGCUAUAAAUGUUGAAGCUCGGCUAACAGAUUCCGAUGCCAGUGCCAUCCCAGUAAGCCAACAACAGCACACACUAGACUUUUUCGAAACAGAGAAAAGCCCACACCCACCGCAAAAAGAUUCGGAGGCCACCCCAACAAGCAACCAACAGCACACACUAGAUUUUCUCGAAACAGAGAAAAGCCCACACCCACACAAAAUAGGAGCAGUACUGGCCAAAGGCCCACAGCCUGACCUAGCCAAAAAAAAGGCUGAAUACAGGGAAGAAAAUGUAGCAAUGGUCGAACUGGCCAGAAUAAUGGAGGCUCGGCUCCAAGAUUCUGGUCUCUACCAAGGUGAAAAUAUUACCACUCCAGAGCACGAUGACACCCGAAUUGAACUUGUCGACGCUCCGGAGGAUACGGUGCAAAAUGACGACAAUUUGGGAAUUAUGCCUUUGCCUCCAUUGGAACGUACUUCUGUCAACAGAAGAGCUCAAGUACAACCAGGAGCCUACCCGGGUGGAGGAAAUUUUCAAGGAACAGAGGAAGAUCUGGAAACAACAGAGAUACACAUUGAGCCAGCGACUACUGGACCACCUAUGAUUGAACCAGAAAUUGACACUAGUGGCUUGGCUGUGGCAAACUUGGUUCAAGAUGAAACAACCGCUCAGGAUCUGCCCCAGGCUCAAGAUUACAGUCCCGACAACAUCAACAGAGAAGAAAGGAUGAAGCAAUUCAAAACCAGGGUCCUCUUGGGAGUCAUUGUCUUGUUGGCUAUCAUCAUGAUUUCGGUAGCCAUCCUGAUUCCUCAAAGUCAAGGGGAUCUUUUCCCAACAACCUCACCUAUAUCCACAAUUCUGGAGAACCCAGGAUCACCCCAGUCAAGGGCAUUCAAAUGGCUUAUGGAAGAGAUUGACAUCCUACGCAACCUUACAGAGCAAAGAGUUGUACAACGGUUUGUCCUAGCAACUUUCUACUUUGCUGUUAGCAAAGACCAAUGGUUCUCCAGUGACAAUUGGCUCAACCACAGCGUUCAUGAGUGCCUUUGGUAUUCAAGCUUAGAGGAUUAUUAUUACUAUUUUGAGGCCAAUACCAAUAUAUAUAUGCCGCUGGAUCACAUCAGUCCAUGUGAGCAUGAACCAACUGGAUAUCUACAGGAUGGCAUCUUGUAUCAGGGAGAUGGAAUCCUAAAACAUUUUUGGCUAUCCUACAAUGGACUGGUGGGAUCAGAGAUUCCACCAGAGCUCUACUUGCUCACAGACCUCAAAAGCUUGGCAUUGGAUGAAUUGAACCUUACCAGCACCAUCCCAGAAGAGCUCUCCGGGCUUUCAAAUUUGGAAUAUCUAUCGAUGUUGGGAUGUGGGCUGUUUGGCUCCAUUCCCGAGGCAAUAGGACGAUUGUCAAAACUUGGAAACAUAUUGGUUGGUUUAAACUCCCUGACAGGAACUAUUCCAUCAUCCCUUUAUUCGCUGACGAGCUCCAUGAGAUGCAUUAUUGUAACGGAAAAUCAGCUGACAGGACCAAUACCAACAGAGUUGGGAUUGCUAACCAAUUUGCGGGGUCUACUACUUGACACCAACCUUUUCACCGGGACUAUUCCCACAGAGCUUGGCAGAUUGACUCUCUUGGAGUCCGUACUCCUUCACAUCCUAAUGUUGAGUGGUACUAUCCCCAAUGAAGUUGUUUUGCUUUCAGACAUGAAACAUCUUGAACUGGAUGACUCGGGCAUUACUGGGACAAUUCCUGGGUGGUUUGGCAACAUGACAUCUAUGGAAGGCUUGACGAUAGCGUUCAACUCCUUUACUGGGACUAUCCCAACAGAACUCGGCCUUCUAACAAAGAUGCUUGUUUUGUGGCUUAAUUCGAAUGCUUUGUCGGGCACAAUCCCAAGUGAAUUGGGAAUGUACAAGCAAGCUUUUGUGUUGAACUUGCAUACCAACAAGCUGACAGGGACCAUUCCAACAGAGCUUGGUUUACUUACUGAGUUAGUUCAGUUGAAGCUAGAAAAUAACAGUUUGACUGGAACAGUGCCCCUGGAGCUUGGAAAUGUUUCAUUCCCUGCACCUUAUGGAGAAGUCUAUUUGCAUGGAAAUGAUCUCUCUGGCAUUAUCCCUGAGAGCUUGUGUUCUGCCCACGAUCUUGUUUUUGACUGCAGCACCUUGCUCUGUGGAUGUGGCUCAUGUAACUGUUCUGACUUUGAAACAUUACUGAUACUGCAGGGAGAACCUACAAAUGAAGAUGGUCAGUUACUGAGUGGAACAAACCAAACUGAACCCUGA